GAAAUCCGUGUUUUGUGCCAGUCUCCGUCGUUAUUAACGAUCCCAUUCGCAAUGGAAUGAAUGAUCAAACGUUGUCGCUCGUGAGCCGCCAGCUCUAAAAGGUAGAAAGAAGCCCUGGCGACGCGCUACUUACUGCCUGUUGUUCCAAAGACAAAAUAACUGAAGGUUACAAAACAAUCGGUUUAUUUUUUAACGUUUUCGUCUCAAAAGAAAUAGCCUUAUAAACGCAUAGCGCUACUGUAUCGUCAUAUGAUUUGAAAUCAUACUGCCCUUUGACAACUGUAGACUAGAUGGGGAGGUCGGUCGUUGUGUAGUAGCAACACGUCGGUUAAAUUCAGAGAGCUGAAACCAAGGAAACAGGACACACACUUGAGACACAUGAUGACAGUCAGGUGUUCUGUUAGCAACCACUCGACCUGCAGAGGAUCGAGGCUACAUUAGAUCAACGGACGAAGUGUAAAGAUUGAAGUCUGGUCACGCACAUCACGUCCCAUCUUCUCCUCUCCUCCUUUUCCCAAGUCCGUUCCUUCAAACAAUCACCAUCAUGGCUUCCAAACUAAACCCGAAUGUUUUGUACGUCCAAGAACUACGGGAGUCGACGUCUUCACAGGAAUCUGACCGCCUAGCACCGCCCGAACCCGGGGAAGAGAGCUCGGAUAGCGACGGAGAGACGGACGAGACGGAGCAGAAGCUGAUCCGGAAAGUGUCCACGUCAGGACAGUUACGUGCCAAGAAAAGUGUAAAGGAAGGGAUCCUAUUGAAACAGACCAGUUCUUUCCAGAGAUGGAAGAGGAGGUACUUCAAACUGAGAGGCCGGACACUUUACUAUGCCAAAGACUCCAAGUCUCUGAUAUUUGACGAGGUGGACCUAUCAGACGCCAGCGUGGCCGAGACCAGUACCAAGAACAUCAACAACAGCUUCACGGUGAUCACUCCAUUCAGGAAGUUGAUGCUGUGUGCUGAGAGCAGGAAGGAGAUGGAGGAUUGGAUCGGUGCUCUGAAGUCUGUACAGAAAUGGGAAACGUAUGAGGCCAGUCUAUUCAAUAUGGAACAUUUUUCUGGGAUGCAUAACUGGUACGCCUGCUCCCACGCCAGACCCACCUUCUGUAAUGUGUGUAGAGAGGCCCUCUCCGGAGUCACCUCCCAUGGACUGUCCUGCGAAGUGUGUAAAUUCAAAGCCCAUAAGCGAUGUGCGGUGCGCUCCACCAACACCUGUAAAUGGACCACGCUGGCCUCCAUAGGAAAUGACAUCAUGGAGGACGACGAAGGGGUCUCCAUGCCUCAUCAGUGGUUAGAGGGCAACCUACCGGUCAGUGCAAAGUGUGUGGUGUGUGACAAGAACUGUGGCAGUGUCAGGAGACUGCAGGACUGGAGAUGUCUGUGGUGCAAGGCUAUUGUGCACAGCAGCUGUAAGGAGCAGAUGGGAAAGGCGUGUCCUCUGGGUCAAUGUCGGGUGUCAAUCAUCCCUCCCACAACCCUCAAUAGUAUCGACUCUGACGGCUUUUGGAAGGCCACCUCUCCCUCCUGCACCUCUCCUCUCCUGGUGCUGUGUAACUCUAAGAGCGGAGACAACCAAGGGGUUAAGUUUCUAAGGAAAUUCAAACAGCUGCUCAACCCUGCACAGGUCUUUGACUUGAUGAACGGAGGACCACAGCUGGGUCUGCGUGUGUUCCAGAAGUUUGCUACGUUUCGUAUCUUGGUGUGUGGCGGGGACGGUAGUGUUGGCUGGGUCCUGUCUGAACUGGAUAAACUCAACCUGCACAAACAAUGUCAGCUAGGGGUCCUCCCUCUGGGUACAGGUAAUGACCUAGCCAGGGUGCUGGGAUGGGGAGGACUAUGUGAUGAUGAUGCUCAACUGCUACAGAUCCUGGAGAAGCUGGAGAGAGCAACCACCAAGAUGCUUGACAGGUGGAGUGUGAUGACAUACGAGCUGCCUACCAAACACUAUCCCAUGGUGAAGGAAGACGAUUUUAGUCCCGACUCCCCCUUGCAGGUUCACAUCACUCAGUAUGCAGACUCUGUGGCCUCCCACCUCACCAAGAUCCUGGACUCUGACAAACAUAUGGACGUCAUAUCCUCUGCCAAGUUUUUGUGUGGAACGGUAAAUGAUUUUGUAGCGGAGGUGGGGAGAGCAUACGAGAGAGCUACAGAGAACAAGGAGGAGGCAGACGCUAUGGCCAAGAAGUGUGCCCUGUUGAAUGAGAAACUGGACAGUCUGGUGAAGGCUCUGAGUGAGGAGGCUGAUGCCCAGGUGGUCCCAGCCGGCAGUGUGCCACCCCAGGAUGGGGACCAGGAGAGGGGUACAGACACUACCGGAGGGGAACCCCGUCCCCCAUACAGGUCCAGAGAACAGCUGAUGCUGAGAGCUAACAGUCUGAAGAAAGCACUGAGACAGAUAAUAGAACAGGCUGAGAAAGUGGUGGAUGAACAGAAUAAACACACUCAUCUCCAGCGCAUGUCUUCCUCCUCCUCCAUCAAGAGAGAGAACAGUGAGGAACUGAAAGAGGCAGAGCCACGUCACGUCAGUUUAAGCCCCUCUUCCUCCUCCUCCACCAUUGUCCUGGAGAAACCCGAGAGUCUCAGCCCUCCGUCUUUCAACGAAGAUCAGUGCUCAGAGAAGUGUGUAAUGAACAACUACUUUGGGAUCGGUCUGGAUGCUAAGAUCUCCCUGGAGUUCAACAACAAGAGAGAUGAACAUCCCAAGAAAUGCAGUAGUCGUACUAAGAACAAGUUGUGGUAUGGAGUGAUGGGCACCAAGGAACUGGUACAUAAGACAUACAAGAAUCUGGAACAACGAGUACUGUUGGAAUGUGAUGGUGUACCUAUGUGUCUGCCUAGUCUUCAGGGUCUAGCUGUUCUCAACAUCCCGAGCUAUGCGGGGGGAAUCAACUUCUGGGGGGGAACCAAAGAGGACAACAAUUUUGGCGCUCCGUCGUUUGAUGAUAAGAAGUUAGAGGUGGUGGCUGUGUUUGGCAGUAUGCAGAUGGCUGUAUCCAGAGUCAUCAACAUCCAACACCACCGCAUAGCACAGUGUCGUCAGGUGAAGAUAACUAUCCUAGGGGAGGAGGGUGUACCAGUACAGGUGGAUGGAGAAGCAUGGAUCCAACCUCCAGGGAUAGUCAAGAUCACACACAAGAACAGAGCUCAGAUGCUCACCAGAGACAGGAACUUUGAGAGGACUCUAACAUCAUGGGAGGAUAAGAGGAAGAUUGACACCUACCGUUCCUCCAGGCCCCGCCUCAACUCUCAGCAGUCUAUGGAAUACCUCACAGAGGAGGAAUGUGCUCAAGUACAGCAACUAGGGAUGGUGGCAGACACACUCAUCACUAGGAUAAGAGAGGCAGCUAAGACCCACAAACUGGUAGAACAGGAGUUAGCCCAUGCUGUCAAUGCUAGUGCCAUGGUCCUCACUGAAGCAUUCCCCUCCAAACCAUCCAGCCCUGAGUGUCUGAGUCGCAGUACAGCAGUGGAGAUUGUGAACAGCAGUAAAGUCCUUCAGCUGGAGACCAGGAUGCUGCUGGAGGGAAAACUACUGCUGGACUCUCCCCAGGAAGAGGACCUUCUCUCUACUCUCAACUCUCUGAGUGCUGAACUCCACAAGCUAGAUGAUAUACACUGGAUCUGCCCUGCCAUGCACUGCUCAGAGGAAGUGGAUGACUCUGUGAGAGUGAGUGGUAAGAGUAGCAUGAAGCUAAAGAUGAUGCCCAAGGUGAGGAAGGAGAGAGAGAAGCUCCACAAGCAGAUGUCCAACAGCUCUCUGUCAGGAUCUUGGGAUAUUAAAGGUGGGGCAUGUGAGACGGAUCCUUCAGGCAAUUGAGGAACUUAACGAGGAGGCUUAAGAAGACAGCUGUCACUAUGGCAACCGGAGGGGGGAUAAAUUAUUCAACAAUUCAAUGACCCUCCCCAUUCAGCUAUCACCUCCCCCUUGAUUCAAUGUUCUCCAUUUUGUAAUCAGGGAGGAGUUGUUUUUAACGAGGGGGCGUAACUUUGCAUUGCAUCACCGUUUGGUGUGCUGUUUGACCUGCUGACCAGAGAUGUGGGCGUGUUCUUCUUGAUAGUCAAAGUGGCCAAUCAGAGAUGAGGAAAGAGUUUCUAAGCAUAUUUUGUUUAAUUGACAACGCAAUGUGUUUACAUAGGCGGUGCUGUCCUUUGCAUGACGGGAGGGGACAUUUUGUUUUUAUUCUUAGAUAUAUCCUCUUUUUGGGGUUUAGGCUAGCCUUCCUCUUUUCGCUCUUGACUUUCGGGACUUUUUAGUUUCCUCGAAAUCUGAAGUUUGAGGACAUCUUUGUUGGAGGACAUCAACAAUAACAAAAAACACCUCAACUUAUUCUCACCUGAGGAACUGGAGACUUAAAAAUGUGAAAAAGUUUUUAUUGAAGGUUCAUAUUGAGGAAUGUAAUACAUGUGGACAGAAUAUGGUACUAAUAUAUUGGCCUUGCUAAAGUACUUACCAUAAUAUCUGUAAUAUAUGUACUGUAGCAUCUUAUGUCCAGCUACUACAGUACUCACUGUAAUAUCUACGGCUAGCUACUACAGUACUUACUGUAACAUCUAAACCACGAUGACCUCAAUGUGUCCCUGCAUGCCUUCCAAGUUGGAUGAAGUAGCCCAUUGACACUGAUCUAAGAUCCGUCUAAGGUUUGCAUUAUCCCUCCUUGUGGUUAUGCUUAGGUUUCGAGGAGGGAAAGUUGAUCCUACGUCUGUGGUUAGGGAUAUACUUAUACCAUCCCUUACCCCUACGCUGGAAUAUAAAUUCAGUGAGAUUUCUUGUAUUUUUCCGUUGGAGAAAUUGAGUAACAUUUUAUUUUGAAGGUCUGGUUAUAAACAGCUUAUAAACUGUUAAGAUAGUUCAUGUAUAGUUUAACUGUUAGUUAACCACUAUAUCGUUCUAUAUAUUUUAUUCAUGCUUUAAUGAAUAGCAGUAGUUUCGGAUGAAAAUAAUAUAUAUUACAAAGACCAGUAUGCCGAGUCAUAUAUAGUUAAACCAUGAACAAGAGAUAAGUUAAGUUGUCAUUAAGUUAAAAUAACAUGUAUUUAAUUCAUUCAAUGCAGAACAAGCUAUGUGUUAGUCAUUUAAUAGUUAAGUAAUGGUGUUUAUUAUCAGCUUAUUAUCAGCCUUCCAGAUAAAGUGUUAGCUUGUCCUACUGUACCAAUAGCGUGCUUGUCCUGCUGUUAUUGCUAUAGGCUUUAGUGAUGUACCUGUACACGUGUGCCAAGUUUUAAACGACAUAUGACGAUUGUGUGUGUGUGUGUGUGCAAACGACACUGUGUGCGUGUCAUUCAUUUCAAAGUUUACUGUACCUUGCCUUGCACUUUACAGAGAGAAACUCAAAAGAAAAAAUGUGUGUGCGAGCGACGUGUGCGUGUCUGUUGUAAAAGUGAUCGUUCACUUGUGUUUUUAUUGCUAUGGAAACGGUCGCUCUCCCUUGUAUUUAUGACACAUCUAUACAGAGAUCAGUGUGUGUUAAUAUGUAACAUAUAAAUAUAACCAACAAGAAUGUUAAAGUAUAUUAUAUAUACAUAAUAGAUAUUAAAUGUUUAUUCACUUGUCAGGGGUUGUUCUACUGUACAUGCUCUCAGGGUGGCAAAAUUCCAGUAAUUUCUUCUAAAUUACCAGGUUUCAAGAAAUCCCGUUGGAACAUUUACGGAUUUUCAGAAGUGAAUACGCAGGAAACCCAGGAAUUUUGGGAAAGUUUACAGAAUUUUUCAACCCUAAUGUUCUCACUUUACACAUCCUAAUCUCAUGGAAGACUGUAUUCUGAAAAAUGUUGCGACACCGUUACUCCAACGCUAUGCCAACGAUUCCUUAGCGGCUGUUGUUGUGUCUAUGGCACGACGCUAGGAUAUCAGUAUUGAAAUCUUGUGUGACAUAACAUAUAUAGUGGUCAAUCGCCAAGGUACUGAGAGGUAAUGGAGAACAAUGCAACAACGACUUAACGAUCAAGUCAAGAGGAACAUUUUUGGAAACGUUGUAAUAUGCCACGGUUGUGUAACAGUAUUUGACGGCAAGUUUUUGUGAACGCACGCCUACAGACCGCACUGGCUGGACUCUGCUGUGCAAUGCGCAAAGCUGGACUCGAUGUUGCACGUUGUUUGUUCAAAGAUGUUUAAUAAUAAUAAUCUUGUGCUGUUAAUUCGUUGUACUGGUUGAUCUCUGUAACCAGGCUGGAAGGUCAGCCUUUGGGCCUAAAAAGUAUUCCUUGAAGUCCUAAGUGUCAAGAUGUUGUAUAUUAUACUAUUUAAUGGUAUCAAUUGAUAAGGAGGAUGUUAUUGUGAUUCAAAUCUUGAAUGUAAUCUUGAAUUGUGAUCAAAUCUUGAAUUGUGAAUCUUUGAACUCAUCAUGUAUUGAACUUGAUUGAGUGUUCCCAAAUAGAUAUACAUUAUGCUCCAUCUCAGCUCAGAGCCAAACUGUUAUUUUGACAGUUUACUCGACAUAGAUGUUUGCUGCCAAUAAGACAGGAAUCAUGCAGGCUAUGAUUUUACUGUUUUACUGCAUAUGAUUGAUUAUCAUCAGUGAAUUUAGGCCGGAUUACAAUCAAAGGCGCGUUGUCGAAAAGCAUACUGCACUUGACUUUAAAAGGUAAUUUAUGCUUCAGCCAAUAUCAAGCGUGCUGCGCCCUUCGCGACAGCAGGCCUUCGAUUGAAUUCAGGCCCAAGCCUAUUUAUUUGUGCUAUCCAAUUGCCAAUGAUCCAUGUCCCAGAACCCAGAGAGAGAGACAGCAUUCACUGGCUGCUAGCAGGAGGCUGAAAUAAAGUGUAUCCAUGGCUGUUG